CCUGAAGAGGGAGGCCAGUAUCUGCCACAUGCUGAAACACCCACACAUCGUGGAGCUGCUGGAGACCUACAGCUCAGACGGGAUGCUCUACAUGGUGUUUGAAUUUAUGGAUGGAGCUGACCUGUGUUUUGAGAUUGUAAAGCGGGCAGAUGCUGGCUUCGUCUACAGUGAAGCAGUGGCCAGUCACUACAUGAGACAGAUCCUGGAAGCUCUACGAUACUGCCACGACAACAACAUCAUCCACAGAGACGUCAAGCCUCACUGUGUGCUGCUGGCGUCCAAAGAGAACUCGGCUCCCGUGAAGCUGGGGGGGUUCGGAGUCGCCAUCCAGCUCGGAGAGUCAGGACUGGUGGCAGGAGGUCGGGUUGGAACCCCUCACUUCAUGGCCCCGGAGGUGGUGAAGAGGGAGCCGUACGGUAAACCUGUGGACGUGUGGGGCUGCGGGGUCAUCCUCUUCAUCCUCCUCUCAGGGUGUCUGCCUUUCUACGGCACCAAGGAGCGUCUGUUUGAAGCCAUCUGCAGAGGAAAGUACAAGAUGAAUCCUCGUCAGUGGGCCCAAAUCUCAGAGAGCGCCAAGGACCUGGUGAGACGCAUGUUGAUGCUGGACCCCGCUGAGAGGAUCACAGUAUACGAGGCUCUGAACCACCCCUGGCUCAAGGAGAGGGACAGGUACGCCUACAAGAUCCACCUGCCAGAGACCGUGGAGCAGCUGAGGAAGUUCAACUCCAGGAGGAAGCUCAAGGGAGCCGUUCUGGCUGCAGUCUCAAGUCACAAGUUUAACUCGUUCUACGGCGACCCCCCUGAGGAGAUCCACGACUUCUCGGAGGAUCCCACCUCCUCAGGUGCUGUGUCUCAGGUGUUGGACAGCUUAGAGGAGAUCCAUGCGCUGACAGACUGCAGUGAGAAGGAUCUGGAUUUCCUGCACAGUGUUUUCCAGGACCAGCAUCUACACACUCUGCUGGAUCUCUACGAUAAGAUCAACACCAAGUCGUCCCCGUCCAUCAGGAACCCUCCCAGCGAUGCCGUGCAGAGAGCCAAAGAGAGAUCCUGCAGAGGCGAAGCGAGUGGAGCUUUGAAACACCUGGACUAUGUACUGGAAGAAAUCUCCUGCUACCCCGAGAACCACGAAGCGAAAGAACUCAGACGGAUACUGACACAGCCGCAUUUCAUGGCCCUGCUGCAGGCCCACGACGUGGUCGCCCACGAGGUUUACAGCGACGAGGCUCUGAGGGUGACCCCUCCGCCAACCUCCCCGUACCUGAACGGAGACUCACCUGAGAGCGCCAACGGAGACAUGGACCUGGAGAACGUCACCAGAGUCCGCCUGGUGCAGUUCCAGAAGAACACAGACGAGCCCAUGGGCAUCACGCUGAAGAUGAAUGAACUGAACCACUGCAUUGUUGCGAGGAUAAUGCACGGGGGAAUGAUCCACAGACAAGGCACGCUGCACGUUGGAGACGAGAUCCGAGAGAUCAACAGCAUCAGUGUGGCCAACCAGACCGUGGAGCAGCUGCAGAAGAUGCUGAGGGAGAUGCGAGGCAGUAUCACCUUUAAAAUCGUGCCAAGCUAUCGGGCUCAGGGCUCAUCGUAUGAGGUAACACCUCCUCCUCCUCCUCCUCUUCAUCCUCCCUCCUCUUCACUGCUGAGUGUGAGCUCUGAUCUGAAAGAGUCCCCCACCACCUCCAGGCAGUCCCCUGCCAAUGGCCACUCCAGCAUUAACAGUUCUAUCUUGGACCUGCCCUCCACCAUCCAGCCCAAAGGUCGACAGAUCUACGUGCGGGCUCAGUUCGAGUACGACCCCUCCAAAGACGAGCUCAUCCCCUGCAAAGAGGCCGGCGUUCGCUUCAGAGUGGGCGACAUCAUCCAGAUCAUCUCUAAAGACGACCACAACUGGUGGCAGGGGAAGCUGGAGAACACGAAGAACGGCACAGCGGGCCUCAUCCCGUCACCGGAGCUGCAGGAGUGGCGGGUGGCGUGCAUAGCCAUGGAGAAGACGAAGCAGGAGCAGCAGGCCAGCUGCACCUGGUUUGGGAAGAAGAAGAAGCAGUACAAAGACAAGUAUCUGGCCAAACACAACGCAGUGUUCGACCAACUAGACCUGGUCACGUAUGAAGAGGUGGUGAAGCUUCCUGCCUUCAAGAGGAAAACGCUCGUGUUGUUAGGGGCUCAUGGAGUGGGAAGACGACACAUCAAGAACACACUCAUCACCAAACACCCUGACAGAUUCGCCUACCCGAUCCCACACACGACCCGACCUCCGAAGAAGGACGAGGAGAACGGGAAGAAUUACUACUUUGUGUCACACGACCAGAUGAUGCAGGACAUCAGCAACAACGAGUACCUGGAGUACGGCAGCCACGAGGACGCCAUGUACGGGACGCGGCUAGAGACCAUCCGCAAGAUCCACCAGCAGGGACACAUCGCCAUCCUGGACGUGGAGCCUCAGGCCCUGAAGGUCCUGAGGACGGCCGAGUUUGCUCCGUACGUCGUCUUUAUCGCCGCGCCAACCAUCACACCGGGCAUCAACGAGGACGAGUCCCUCCAGCGGCUGCAGAAGGAGUCCGAGAUCCUGCAGAAGACCUACGCCCACUACUUCGACCAGACCAUCAUCAACAACGAGAUCGACGAGACCAUCAGGCACCUGGAGGAGGCCAUCGACCUGGUCUGCACCACCUCCCAGUGGGUCCCUGUGUCCUGGGUGUACUGAGACCCCUGAUCUCCACCACCUCCACCUCCACCUCCACCCGCUCCUCCCUUCUCAACGUGGACACCUCGAAACAUCUUUUCCACUUCAGAAUAAAAAAAGAAAUGUAAAAACUGUCUCGAUCGACCCCCCCCCUCAGCGAGCACCUCCUGACGCUGCACCAACAUCCUGCGGCGUGACAAACCGGACUGGACGGACGGACGGACGGACGACCUCGGUGUAGUGUUGUACAAAAAUCAGAGUUAACAAACGUGAAUAUUGUCAUGUCUGUUCUAGCUAGGAGGAAACAUUUUUCUAGAUGUUUGUUUUAAAGAGACAGUACCGUGUCCCGUCCUCCCACAAUCCUCGGUUUCAACAUUGUAGUCCUGUUGGGUGUUGUAGUUCUAAAAAGACACUGGCGGUGUGUACUCUGAAUUAAAAGCACACAAACACGCUGCGAUGUCUUCUCACCUGUAGAUCAUUAUUUAUUCAUCCUGCUUUGUUCUAACACCGGGUAACAUCCUGGCCCGUCUGCCCGCCCUGCAGGUACUGUCUCUUCUAAAUAAAUCCAUUAAUGUUUUAGAGAUUUGAAUGAGGUUAUCAUGCAUGUGGACAUUUUGCAAGCUUCCAUGCUGUCAGUCAAGUCAGUGUUCCCCGUGUCCCUCUGUGACCCUCCGACGAAGAAGAAGAAGAAAAGAAGACUCAAAUGUGAAUACAAAUAAAAAAACAUUCCAGCUGUUUGGAAAAUAACGGACUCAGCCGAGAGGAAGCGCAGCGAGGGGGCAGCAGCAGCGAGGACGGAGCCGGACGUUGACGUGACACCUAUGCACAUCCCUUGCAUUCGGGUGACAUUUCUUAACCACAGAUUUACUAAGAAAACAAAUGAAAGCCGAUCAUGUAGUGAGAUGUGUUUGUAAAAGAAGAAAUCCAAUAAAAGUCUUGAUUUUUCUCUU